AUGCUUUCAGCUGCUGCCCGCCGUGAGGAAAUUCAAAAAAAGAUCGAGUUGCUCCGUCAGGAGCGGGAAAGAGAGAAGCAAGCCUUUGAUGAACUUGCUUUGAGGGAUGAUGGUAUGACACCCUCACAGAUAGCUGAAGCUGCACGAAGGAAGGCAAUGGAGGAGGUGCCGACGAGUCUACAAGUUGGCGGCACAACCAUUUCUGUUGGGGAUUAUGUAGAAACAAUUGAUGAUCCACAUGCUCUCCUUGUGGCAGAAAACGGGAUUUUUGUUCCUGAUCCAGUGAAACAGGUGUAUUUGGGGGAGAGAGGUAAGGUAACCUGCAUCCUGCCCUCGUUUCAGGAGAAAUCGGCUGUAGAAAUUGUUUUUGCCGAUGGCGCCUCAAAAGUAUUUUUGACUGAAUGUCUCUUACUGGGGAAAAAGUCAAGGCCGAAGAAAAGUUCUACACCAAAGGUGUCACACAAGGCGGUCUACUUUGACGCGGAAGAUCUGCAUGUACCAGAGUUUGUGCCACCAGCGAAGCCCGAACUUCUUCUACAACCUUCAUGGAGCAACAUUAAUAUACCUUCCCGCAAACCCAAAGCAAUGCUGGAGAAUUUGAAGCCAUGUAACCCGCCAACCAUUCCUACUGAUACUACUACUACUACUACUACUACUACUCUUGAUGUUACGAAGGCGACAACGACUUUGGUGCCAUCGGUAGAGAGAAGGGACAGCAAUGCAGGGGAAGAAAAUUUCAGAGAGCAACCAAAGACGAAUUUCUUAUUUAUUUCAAAUGGGGCCCCGUCCGCGUCUUAUGUGAUGCGAAUGGAUUCUGAAACAUUAGGUUCUCACGCAAAGACGGAUCAAAGCAUCGGUCUUGUGAAGGAAGUGCUUUCAGAGCGACAACGACGAAAAGUAUCUGCAAGGGAAGGAUUGGGAAGCCCAAUAGAUUUUGACGCUCCAGCUGCAGUGCCACUGAUUGGUCGGGGUGAGCGGGACAAUCUUCUCAAGACCCCUCGCGUAGAUCCCAUCACAUACAAGCCUUCAAAAAAAUGGAAAGGCUUCUUGGCAAACGGCAAUAGUGACAGUGCAAUACCGACAAGGUGCCCUGCAGGCUACAGAGCACGAUUUUCCACGAGCGACAAAAAUACAAAGAUUCCGAGAGUUGACGGCAAACAGUGUAUGGUGGCAGGCGCGCUUCCACAGCAAAAAAAAUUGAAGUUUAAUUUGGUUGUCUUCCCAAAAGGCAUGAACAAACUGGAGCCGGUGCUUUCGAUGUUAACGGAUAAGCUGAACUGGAGACCCCUGGGCCAAACGGCGAAACGACUGUUUACCAGAGAAGGAGUAGAGAUUAUGAAAUUUGAUGCCAUUCGGAACGGGAUGUCUUUUUUGGUGACGCCCGGCCAUGCUUACACUCCUGAACCCGUAGCAAAAACCAAAGUGAACAACACGACGCCAACAACGGCACUAAAAGCAACGGGAACCCUUGCAGUUGGAAGACAUUCUCGACCCACUUCAGCCCCAACCGCGGCAGACGCCCUUGUGGUUCAUAAUAUAAAUUUGGAGCCUCAACAAGCACCUGUGAAGGCAACAAAUUAUUUGCCCUUGCCAUCACAACUCCCAAAAUCAUCUUACACCCUCAGCGCCCAGAAAGGUCGACAAAGAGCUUCAGGAAAAGGCAUUGCAAAGCCUAUUUCUGUGCGGGUCUUUUCAAACGGGGAGUAUGGUGAUUGCCAUUAUGAUCCUUUUCCAUUCCGUACGGUAACUCUUCGCCCUAUUCACAAGACGAUACGGGCAGUUGUAAACACAAUUGAACGUGAGCUGGAGUGGAACUCUCUGGGAAAGAAAGUAGAAACUUUGUAUGAUGCCACUGGUAGCGAGAUCACGUCGAUCGAGGAGCUGGUUGAUGGGCAGUCCAUUGUGGCAUCGUCAGGUGAUCGCUUUGUGAUUCCCCACCCGAACAGUGUAUUGCACCAGGAUGUGAUGAGGCUUUUGGGAAAUUCUAAUGUAACACCUAUUUUUACUGGUGGUCACCCAAAAAAAUUUUGA